AUGACGAACUCUUCCCGAUGGUGGUUGCGGGUGGCCGUGGUCUUCGCCAUGGCUGUACAAUCGUCACCGGUAAGCGCCGCCGCGGACGGUACCCCGCUGAGAGUGCAAGUCUUCCACUCGCCGCCGUUCACGCUGAGCCCCGGGUCGGUGGAGGAUAGAUUCUACAGCGACAUCGCCUUCCCGCGAGGCCACAUCGCCCUGAAGAGCUUGAACGCUGAGGUGGUCGACGAGGCGGGGAAACCCGUUCCCCUCUACGAGACCUACAUUCACCAUUGGUUGCUGGUGAGGUUCUACCAGCGGAAGCGCAGCGGUGCCACCAGCCCCCCGCCCGAGCCUCCCGAGUCCCUUUUUACCGGUAACGCCGCCUCUUCUUCGAACGGCCCUCCCGAGUACAUUCUCGCCGGGAACUCCGGCACCUGCGGGGGGAUUCUCCCGCAGACCUUCGGCCUCGGGUCGGAGACUCGCCGGACCGCCACCUGGGUUCCCGACCCGUACGGGAUAGAGGUCGGGAACCCGGCGGAGGUCCCCACUGGGUACGAGGAGAAGUGGAUGCUCAACGUCCACGCGAUCGACACGAGGGGCUCCGUCGACCGCCUGGGAUGCACCGAGUGCAGGUGCGAGCUCUACAACGUGACCGUCGAUGAGCGCGGCCGCCCCCUGGUGAAGGACUACGUCGGAGGCUUGGUCUGCUGCCACGAUAAGGCCCGCUGCCGCACCGGCGUAGGCUCCGGUGGCGCCCCGAGGAAGCUCUUCCUGAGGUACGAGGUGAAGUGGCUCGACUGGGCCGCCGACAUCGUCCCGGUCAAGGUCUACAUCCUCGACGUCACUGAUGAUGGGAAGAGCGGAUCAAAACCGUCGACGGACGACUUAAACUCUAAUGGCUGCCGGGUGGGUAAACCUCCGCAUCCAUUCUGAAUAUUCCGGUGAAUUCUCAUCCCUAAUGAUCCUCUCCACUCCGUCUCCCACUCCAGGUGGAGUACAUGGUCGCGCCCUGUGGUCGGGAGGCCGCAGCGGCCGGCGGCGCCUGCAUCGACAGCAAGAGGGUGGAUCUCGUUCUCCCUCGCGGAGGCGACAUCGUCUACGCCGUCGCUCACCAACACACGGGCGGAGUCGGCGUCGCCCUCUACGGCCAGGUGACUGACGUCAAAAGAUCGCCGGUAUUGGUUUUCUCUGUGCCGUCCCCUGACUGUCUCUGCCGUCGAAAUGGAUCCAGGACGGGCGGACGCUGUGCUCCUCGACGCCGAUCUAUGGCGGGGGAAAGGAGGCGGGAGAUGAAGUCGGUUACAUCGUAGGAAUGACGACCUGCUAUCCGAGCCCAGGUUCGGUGAAGGUGACCGCUGGGGAGAGGGUGGCUCUCGUCUCCAAUUACAACGCCACUGAACUGCACACUGGGGUCAUGGGUCUCUUCUACUUCCUACUUGCUGACCCGCCGGCGAGCACCGUUCGGCUCACCGUGAGAAAUCCCUCCUCCUCCCUCUCUCCCCAGACCCAGCAACUCUUUCUGGCUGCUAGCACCAGUACUCCGAGCUCUUCCCUACUAUCGCUAUCGUCGCUACCCUAAUCCUGUAUCGUGGUUCAUUUCUGCAGGGCGGCAUGCUGAACUCCAACUAUUGGUGGGUCCUCCUCGUCAUCGGCAUAACCGUGGCCUCCGCCGUCGCCGUUCUCUAUCGGCGAAGCAGAGCUAGGGAUCAACGCUACCGGUCCUUGUUAAUGUAG